AUGGGGCCAGGUACCGCGGACUGUCUGAAGAUCCAGGGGAUCCGGAAUCAGCGGUCGGUGGAGAUGGCUCUUGAUCUCGAGAAGUUCUCGGGGAAGAAGUCGUCGAAACACCAGCAAUAG